AUGACUGGGUUGCUAAUGUGUCUGUCUGGUGUACUGAAGGUCCGCGUGGCUUGCCGAAGGCAAAGGACCUGCGGAGGCGAGGGCCGGGAAGCGGCGCUCGGGCUGAGCGGUGGGCGCAGGAGCCGAGCGCGGACAACGGCGGCGGGACGAGCAGCGUUGGGAGCGUGCCGGAGCGGAGACCGAGGGUGCCGGGUGCGGCGCCGGAGGAGCUUGGCGGGCGGCGGCGCGGACAAACGGGAGCGUCGGUGGCACGGAGGUGGUGGGAGCUACGGGAGCCAGAGGACGAAGCGGAGGACGCUCGCGGGAGGAGGCGGAGCCUGUGGUGCGCCAGAGUCCGGUGAUCAGCGAGCGGAGGCCGCGGGCGGUGGGAGGAGCCGGUCGGGCGGCGGCGCAGGUGCGCGGUCAGCGAGGCCGCGCAGACUGUCAGGUACGGGUGCUGCCGGGAGGACGGGAAACCUGCAAACCUGCGCUGCAGAAAUGAAAAAUUUUUUUUUUGCAAAAAAAUAA